CUCUGAUUCCCCGACCUUGAAGUGUUGGUCACAUGCGACGAUAACGAUUUUUUUUCUCUUUAUUUUAAUUGAAAAUACCGCUUUCGGAUGAUCUUCCAAUUUUGUAAUUUUAUUCCUCGAGUCAUUUUUAUUUAUCUCGAUUGAGAGCUCUUUUCCCAGGAUGAAUUAAACCUCACUAUGCUAAUUUUUAACUCCACGAUGCUGCAUGAUUAAUCGCAAUGCCCAGGGGUUAGUGGACUUGAACAUCGUGACACAUGUCGAUUUGCUGAAUACAAUAUUUUUAGUCAAUUGCACAGAUUCCGGGGAAGUCAGAGGAAAAAAUAUUUCUCAACAUUGUAAUUUUGAUUACAAUUAAUUAAUUCACUAUUAUCUGCUAAUCAUGCAAAUACUUGAUUGGUACGUUCGAUAACGGUAUUUUCAAUUACAUAACAUUGACGGACAGCAUCAUCAAUUCUCAGAUUUCAGCGUUAUUUCAUUUUUUUUUCUUCUCCGUUUUAAGUACCACUUCCCAAUCGAAGAACAUUAUGCACACCAACAUUUUUUAUUCAUGCAGUUCAGCAUGCACCCAAUGAAUAAUCAAUUCCGUAUCACAGACGGAUCUUAUUGAGAGUCUUCCGUGAAAGAAUGAUUGAAUUAAAACGGGAGAUUUAAAUCACUGUCCAUUGAUCGCAAUGCAAUCUGUCACUCGUUUAUCCGAGUUCACGAGAAGUGUACUGAGGAAAAAAAAAUUCUUUUCCCAAUUUGGAUUUGUUUUAUUUUUUAUUUUUAACGUGAUUUGUUACAAGAUAUCUUGCGACUGGCCAUUGCCCCCACCCCAUUAAAAAUGUUUAACAACGUUGUACAAAAGCUACGAUUCCUUUACAAGCCUUAUGCCCUCGGAAUUGUAUCGGUUGGAUACGUGUUGGGUGAACUAGGGCAUUAUAUGAUUGGUGUCACAAGCAAGGCGACAGCCGAGGAUUUGCAUUACGGUGAUGUGUCAUGCCAAUUAAACACAUCUGAGUAUUCACUGGUUGAGCUUCCAGUUCAAUGUGAAGCUGCAAAUAAUUCAGAUUAUUGUCUAUCAUUAGAAAUAAAUGGAACGCGGUAUUGCGAGUGGAAUUACAAUGGGCUCGGAUUGGACUAUCAAAUUUUGGCUGGGCCAAGUUUCAUUGCUGUUUUUACGAUCGUAGGUGUAAUCCUUGGCAUUGUGGCUGACCGAUACAACAGAGUCCGAACUCUGGCUCUAUGUACAUUAAUCUUCAGCAUCGCAAUUAUAUUAAUGGGUACCGUGAAGGAGUAUUGGCAGUUGGUGAUUUUGAGGAUGGUUCUAGCUGCUGGGGAAGCGGGUUGCAACCCUCUGGCUACGGGUUUGCUGUCUGAUUGGUUUGAAGAAGAACAGCGUGGACUAGUCAUGUCAAUUUUUAAUUGGGGCAUAUACGGUGGAUACGGAAUAGCAUUUCCCAUUGGUAGAUAUAUACCAGCGAUGAAUCCCUGGGAUUUGGGUUGGAGAGCCUGUUAUUAUGGUGCUGGUAUCAUAGGCGUUAUCAUUGCUAUUCUCACAGGAUUGACCCUGGUGGAACCGGCGCGCAAAGCUCUCGGCGGAGAUGCAGCCGGAAGUGAUGGAAAAAAAUUAUCCAUUUGGAAAGUUUUAUUGCAUCCCAGGAUGAUUUUACUCUGCCUUGCAGCGAGUAUCAGGCACUGCGGUGGAAUGUGCUUCGCCUACAAUUGUGACCUUUACUAUCGGGACUAUUUCCCGGAUUAUGACUUGAGCUGGUGGUUAUUCGCAGUGACAAUUGUAGUCGGAAGUAUUGGUGUGGUUGUUGGUGGAGUUGUCAGUGAUAAAUUUGUUGCGAAAAUGGGAAUAAGGUCCAGAGUAGCUUGCCUUGCUAUUAGUCAAUUGAUAGCCACUCCAUUCGCUUUUGGAUCAGUGGCUUUGGAGCCACUGGGGGCUAUCAUUACUCUUGGAAUAUCAUAUUUCUUUGCUGAGAUGUGGUUUGGAAUAGUAUUCGCUAUUGUUGUUGAAAUUGUACCUCUCAGCAUGCGAUCAACAACUGUCGGUGUCUUCUUAUUUGUUAUGAAUAAUAUCGGGGGCAAUUUGCCGAUUCUCGUUGAGCCUCUGAGGAGAGUUAUCGGCUUUAGGGAAAGUCUCUACGUACUUUACGCCGGUUUUUACGGAAUAAGCUCCAUCAUGUUUCUGCUCACCAUGUUCUUCAUGAGUGGCCCAACUAUGGCGCCUGAGGUUACGACAGACGCAGAGGGCCAUGACAAUAAGACAUUCACCAACGACGAUGGUACUGUUCUUGAAUUACGACUUCCUAGUAGACCACAAAAUCCUGAUCAUUCCAGACUCUGAUUUUUUUUGUAUAAUUCACGAAUAAAAAUUGAAUUUUUCAUUUCCAAAGAUAA